AUGGCAGCGGCGGUGGAUAUAGGCUAUGUGGCCGGCCACCUUGGCUUGUCCGAAUCGAUAGUUUCGACAGCCACGACCGAUCCGACCCCCGAGCUCGUCGCGAGCCUCCUCGAAGCCGUCAUUGCGAAAGCUCGAGAGCAUGACGAGCUAUACGCGCAGAAGCUCCAGGUCGACAUCGAGCUCGAGAGCGCCCAUCACAGCGCAGAGUCUAGAUGCCAGACCUUCAAGGCUACUGCCGACAAGGCACUGAAGGACGUCGAAGAAGUUCGUCAAAAGUUGAGGGAGGAAGAGACGAAGCGACAAACUGUUGAGAACGAGCUCCAGUCGCUCAAGUCGCGUGGAUCCGACCACGACUCUGAGAUCACUUCCCUACGCGACCGAAUCGAGUCUUUGCAAUCCUCCAACCGUGCGAACAUGGCCCUGCUGGAGUCGCGGAACGCUCGCGACUCUGAGCUGUCCGAGGAGUUGGCCAAGCAGCACCAGAAGAACGUUCAGCUUCAGAAGGAGAUCACUUCCCUGCAACAGGCUGUUCAGACUGCCCAGGCCGCGGUUAGCAGCGCCAAAUACCGGGAGGAAUCUCUCCAGCAGCAACUCGACCUGGCCCGACGCAACAGCGAGUGGUUUGAAACCGAGCUCAAGACCAAGAGCGAGGAAGCGCUCAAAUACCGCCGCGAAAAGGGAGCACGUAUCGCCGAACUGCAGCGCCAAAACGAAGACGCCAAGUCCAGCAUUGAAUCCCUGAAGCGAAGCGAACAACAGCUCCGAGACCGCCUCGAUGCGGCUCAAGCCAAGGCCGAAGAGGCCCUCACCAAGGUUCAACAGCAGCAAGAGGCCUUUGCCCGCAGCGAGGAGAGCUACAAGCACGAGAUCGAGAGCAAGCAGCGCGUCGUGGACAUGACUAACCAGCUGGCCGACAGCCACAAGGCCCGUGUUCAGACUCUUGAAGGUGAGAAGGAGGCUCUGAAGGAAAAGCAUGCAAACGAAAUCAGACGCAUCCAACAAGAGCUUGAGAGGGAGAGGGAAACUUGCCGUGCUCUGGAGGAGAGAGUCACCCAACUCGAGGGUGAGGUUGAUGAGCUUCACGCCCGCAUGGAACAGGGCCCUCCCCGUGGCUCUACGCCUACGCCACAGACACCGCGCAUGAACGGUUCGUUCCUCGGAAGACCUGCCUCUCCUUUCGCUACUCCGGCCUCGGCGCGAAGCAAGUCGGCCAUCACCGCAACCCAGGCCAUUGAUGAACUUUACAAGGUCAAGGGACAGCUGGCGGGAGAGAAGAGACGCAACCAACAGCUCGCCGAGGAGCUCGACAACAUGAUUGCUCUCUUGGAGGCCAAGACACCCGAAAUCGAGGAACUCCAAAACGAAGCCGACAGCCUGCGAGCCGAGAUCACUAGGAUGUCCGAGCUCUCUCAAACGAGCUUCGAGGAGCGCGAUGCUGCGAAGAAGAGCGCAAGGAAGGCCGAGGGCGCGCUGGCAAACGCACAAGCAGAGUCCAAGAUCCUUCGCACACAGGUCCGCGAUCUCAGCACCCAGAUCCAAAUGUUGGUCUUCAACAUGCACGCCCGCGAAAAGGGCCUGGAGCAGCUCAGCCGCGAGGAGACUAUUCGCUUGGAACAGCUUUCUCGAGGCGAGGUCACCGAGGGCGCUCUCGCCGACAUGUCCGACACCCACCAGUUCAUCACCCAGAAGUUUGUCGUCUUCAAGGACAUCCAAGAGCUUCAAGCCAAGAAUCAAGAGCUCCUGAGAGUUACCCGUGAGCUGGCGGAGCAGAUGGAAAGCGAGGAAGCUGUCGCUGCCAAGAGCCAAGCCGUGGAGGAUCACCAAGCUGUCGAGCGCCUGCAACAGGAACUCGCCAAUAUGAUCGACGAGACCAAGUCCCUGAGGACGACAAUGGAGAGCUUCAAGGCCGAGCGUGAUAUGUUCAGACGCCUCCUUCAGCAGAAGGCCACCGCUGGCGAACUCGCCUCCAUCCUCGGCUCGGAUGACGGACAGCGCCAACCGCUCGCUAGCAUCGAGAACGAGGAGGCCGAUGGUGUCUCGCCCCAGGCCGCCCUCCGUGCCCUGCAAGUCGAGUUCGACACAUACCGAAAUGACGAGGAGUCAGUUCGCCGGUCGUUGCGGGAGCAGAUUGACAGGCUCUCUAGCGAGAAGAACUCUCUCCAGGGCGAGGUCGCCAAGAUUUCUAGUCAGAUCACUCUCGCUUCCGAGCGAUACGAGAUGCUUCAUUCCAACUUUGUCGCCCUCCAAAGUGAAAACAAGGAACUCCAGAAGCGGAACCAGUCGCUGUCUGAGGACUCCAUCAAGCAUGAAAUCCGAACCCAGCAGGUCGCCGAAGAGCUCAUCGAUGCCAAGGGCUUGCUUGAGAGUGUCCGCAACGAAGCCGCGAAUCUCAAGGCCGAGAAGAAACUUUGGAAAGACAUCCAGGAUCGUCUCAACCAGGACAAUGAGAACCUCAUGCAGGAGAAGACGCGACUCAACAACCUCCUGGCCAGCCAACAGUCCAUGCAGAACGAGCGCGAUAUUUCCGAGUCUGAAUAUAGACGGAAGGCGCAGUCGAAGAUCGAUACACUUGAACAAGAACUCAACAGCACAAAGCGGAAGUUGUCGGACGAGAUGGAAGAGGGGAAGAAGCUUCAGCUCAGAAAGGAGUUCGACGCACGCGAGUCACAGAAGCGUAUCGACGAACUAUCUACCAGCCUUAGCCAGAUCCGUGAAGAGCACGUCGCCGUUAAAACUAGCCGUGACCAUCUUCAAGCGCGUGUCGACGAGCUUACCAUCGAGCUUCGCAAUGCCGAAGAGCGGGCUGGCCGCUUGGCGCCCAGACCGACGCCCCGCCCCGGUACCAUGGCACCUCCCACUCAGACCGAUCAAGAAAACGAGGCCGAAGUGCGCGAGCUCAUCAACGAGGUCUCCGACCUCAAGAGAGAACUUGAUAUCGCCAAGUCUCAACUCGAAAACGCCAAGGAGCAGACUGAGCAAUACAAGCAGCUCAGCGAGCAGAAUGAAGAAGCUCUGUCCGAAUUCACCGCCUCUCAGGAACAAUACAGAGAGGAGAUGGAGGCUGCUCUCACUGGCAAGGACGCUAAGAUUAAGGAGCUUGAGCAGCGUGUCGAGGACUUGUCAACCGAGCUGGCAAACUCCAACAAGGAGCUUUCCCACCUACGUGACUCCCAGGCGGAGGUUGCUCGCAAGUACGAGGAUGAGAAGACCAUCUUGGACGAGGAGAUAAAGCGAUUGAAGGAAGAGACGGAGCGUCACGCCGAGGCCUCCAAGUUCCACCAACAGGACCUCCGCGCUCAGUCAGAGAUCACCGCCAAGGCUCAACAGGACUACGAACACGAGCUCGUCAAGCACGCUGAAGCUGCCAAGCUGGUCCAACAGUUGCGCACCGAAUACAACGAGCUGAAGAGUCAAUCUGCGACGCUGAGAGCUGAGGCUGAGUCUGCCAAGGUUGCUCUCUCUCAGAGUGAGAGCUCAUGGGAGGAGAGAAGACAACGUCUGGAGCAAGAGAUGUCGGAAAUCAAGACUCGCCGUGACGAUGUCAAUGCCCAGAACAAGCUGUUGCACGAGCAACUGGAAAGCAUCACGAAGCAGUUCUCUGCGCUCAAGGAGGGUCGCAAUACCUCGGCUGAGGAUGCCGGCGGCAGUGAAGAAAGUGGCAACGACAGCGCGGCCGAUGGACUUCGUGAACUCAACAACUACCUCCGACGCGAGAAGGAGAUUUUGGAGGUCCAGUACGACCUCAAGGUGCAAGAAUCUAAACGCCUGCAGCAACAACUGGAGUACUCUCAAUCUCAACUCGACGAGGCCCGUCUCAAGCUGGACCAGGAACGUCGCUCGCAAGCUGAGAGCGGUCAAGCAUCCAUUGCCCACAAAGAUCUGAUGGACAAACUCAACGAACUCAACCUUUACCGCGAGAGCAGCGCUACCCUUCGGAACGAGCUUGCUCAAGCGCGCACUCAAAUCUCCGAGAAGAACGCUAAGAUCGAGGAGCUGGAAGGCAAGGUCCAGCCUCUCGAGGCUAGGAUCGAGGAACUCCAGACACAAAAGGGUUUUCUCGAGGAAGAAAUCAAGCAAGUUCAAGAGGACCGCGACAGAUGGCAAAAGCGGACCGAGGGCAUUCUUACGAAGUACGGUCGUGUUGAUCCUGCUGAGAUGGAACAGCUCAAGCAGACCAUCACUGAUCUGCAGGCUGAACGCGACGCCCUCAAGGAGUCCGAAGCUCCUCUGCGAGCCGAGAUCGAAGAAGCCAAGCAAUUGUUGGAGACUGAGCGGGCCAAUUGGCAGAACACCCGUCAGCGCAUGACGGAUCAGUUCAAGGAACGGUCGCGAAAGCUUACCGGCGAAAAGAACGACGCCAACACAGCGCGAAACGAGGCGGUUGCCGAGAAGGAUGCCUUGGUCGCCGAGAAGGACCAACUACAACAACAACUGAACAAUGCGACCACGGAACUGGAGACGACGAGGCAGAGACUGCAGGCGACGACGCAGCAACGCACCGAGUUUGAGCAACAGAUCCAGAGCUUCCAGCAACAAGUCCAGAAGCUUCAGCAAGAUGCCCAGGUAGCGCAGUCUGGAGCUCAGGGUGCCCAGCCCCCAGCGGACGCGUCGACUUCGGUCUCUACACAAAUCGUUGCCCAGCUGGAGCAGCAACUCACUGAAAUGCGAAGCCAGCUGGAUGCCGUUUCUGCACAGAAGGCGGCCGCCGAGCAAGAGCUUGAAAACCUCCGAACGCAGUUACAGACGGUCACCUCCGAGAGAGACCAAGCUGUUCAAGCAGCGCAGCAGGCUGGUCAAUCACAGUCGCAAGCUGCGCCCGAGCCCACGGAGGCCAGCAACACGGCAACAACUGCGAACGGCACGAGUGGCAUGUCCGACGAUGAGCGCAAGGCUUUGGAGGAGAAGGUUACUGCUGCCGAGGCUAAGGCUGCGGAGUACGAACGCAAGGCGAACGAGCUCGAGGAGAAUAUUACCCAGACAAUCAAGGAACGGUCGGACAAGAUGAGGAACGCCUUGAACGAGAAGCUCCGCCAGUCUCGCGAGAAGCUGGACGAGGAAUACAGGACUAAGCUGGAGCAGGAAAAGAUCAUCUGGAAGGCUGAGCACCAAGGAGCCGCUUCUAGCCAGCCUGCGGACGAGCAGCCAGCUGUACCCGCGACGCCUAUCAAGCAACAGGACCCUGAAAUUGCUUCAACAACGCCAAUGACGGGCACGCCCGCCGGGUCAACAGAUCUGUCUCAGCUUCCCGACGCCGAGAUCCGCAAGUUUCUUUCCACGAACCCCACAGUGCGCAGCAUCAUGUCCUCGAAUCUUAGAAAGAAGCUGGAAGAGCAAACUGCCAAGGUUAAGAACGAGACAGAGACCAGCUUGAAGGCCGAGUUCGAGCAGAGAAUUGCGAGUGCUCGAGAGGAGGGCCAGAUCCAGCCGCACCCCGUCCAUCCAUAUCAGCCCCUUCUGCUCCGCCAGCUCAAGCUGGUGCGGCUUCGAAUGCCAGUGCUGCCGGGGCGAACCCGUUCGCGACUGGCGCUGCAAACGGUACACAACCUCAAGCCAACCCCUUCGCUCAAGGGGCCCAAGCGCAGCAGCAGCCGCAACAAUCACAGAAUCCUUUUGCCUCAAGUACACAAGGUGCGCAGGCUGGCCAGGCCGGACAGCAAGGUCAAGCGCAUCAGCAGCCAGCGACUCAAGGUCAACCAGCUCAACGGAGCGGCAUUCCCUUACCUGGGCGUGGUGGCACUGCUGGACGUGGCCGUGGUGGCGCAUUUGCCGCCGGUAACAGGGUGUCAAGUGGCGGCGCAGAGAGAGGUGGCAUGGCGGGACGCGGUGGACGUGGCGGCAGAGGGGGUCAGGGAGCCGGGCCAUUGA